AUACAAAAAUUAUCGUACAAAAUGUAAUUCAGUUAUAAAUUUACGUAUAAUUUUGUGUAUGUAUAAUAGAUUUGUGGGCGGUUAUGCUUUGGAACGGUUAACAUUUUUGAUUAAUUAGAAUAAAAAAUUAUUCUAUAUAUCUAAAUUUUUCAAGAGUUUGAGAAUACUGAAAAGUAUAUGUGUUCUGUAUAUUUGUGUAAAAAGAUAAAGAGUAAAUAAUUUACCAUAUUUCUUCUUGUAAAGGAAGGAUAUUAAUAGAUAAUACAUCGAAAAAAAAUUAUAUUAAAGAUGUUUAUACUGACAUUUACGUUUAAAAUAUUAACGUUUUGCGGUUGCGGACGAAUGGAUUCCUGGCCAGUCUCGUCUAAACGGUUAGUUUAUCAUGUGUAUACUAUUAUCAUAAUGUUAUUAAUACAUUCGUUUAUGCUGUCGCAAUUGUUGGAUCUUAUUAUGGUCGUGGAUAAUUCUGAUGAUUUCACGGAUAAUUUCUAUGUGCUACUUGCUAUGAUCGUUUCUUGCUGUAAGAUGAUCGCUCUAUUGAUAAAUCGCAGUAACAUUGAGAAAUUAAUCAAGACUCUUACGAAUAAACCGUUUCGACCAGUUGAACCUGACGAGGUGAAGAUUCAGCAGAAAUUUGAAAAACUCAUACAGUCUAACACGCUUCAUUAUACCAUUCUGGUCGAGACAACGUGUCUGUCCGUUGCUGUCACAUCAUUACUAACGGAAUUCAGAAAAGGAAAUCUGACGUUUCGAGGAUGGCUACCAUUCAAUUAUUCAUCGCCGCUACUUUUUCCAAUUGUAUACGCUCAUCAAUUGAUAAGUUUUACAAUGGGAUCUGUACACCAUGUGGCUUGUGACAGUCUCAUAUGCGGAUUUCUGGUGCACAUUUGCUGUCAGAUAGAGAUACUGGAACACCGUCUGAGAAAAAGUGCACAUAAUCCUAAAUCUCUUCGCGAAUGUGUUCUUCAACACAACCACAUAUUCAAGUUUGCUAGUAGAGUAAAUCAAAAAUUUAGAAUAACAAUAUUUAUUCAGUUUGUUGUGAGUACAUUGGUCAUGUGUUUUAAUUUGUAUCAAUUUACUAAACCAACAGCAUUAAAAACAAAGUAUAUGCAAUUAAUAUUAUACACAUGCUCCAUGUUGUCACAAAUCUUCUUCUAUUGCUGGUAUGGAAACGAAGUUAAAUUGAAAAGUCGACAUUUGAUAAAUAAUGUUUUCGAAAUGGAAUGGUUUAACUUUAGUGAAAACGACCAGAAAACUUUAUUAAUGAUUGUGAGACGUGCUGCAAUACCAAUAGAAUUUACUAGUGCCUGUGUUAUUUCUAUGAAUUUGGAUUCAUUCGUAGGCUUGCUGAAGAUGUCGUAUUCAGCUUAUAAUAUACUUAAGCAAACGUAAGGAUUAUAAUGUCGGACGCAUUCAGUAGCAAAAAUAUCACAUUGGACAUUUGUAGGAACAAAAAUAUUGAUGACAUAUUAUGCAAUGUAAAUCUAUGUCACAAUCACAAAUAUGUGUAUACAAAUAUCUUAUAUAUAAAAAAUAUAUUGAUUACCGA